UAGUAGUUCGUUUUUCGAUCCGAUUUUAUAGGUUCUUGUCAAACAAUCAGUUGACUGGAUCUUUGCCUAACCUCACUGGCAUGAAUUUGCUAAAUUAUGUGGAUGUGAGCAAUAAUUCGUUUGAUGCAACCGACGUUCCCCCGUGGUUUUCGUCUUUGCAGUCCUUGACUUCGUUGAUAAUGGAGAAUGCACACAUUCAAGGCAAACUUCCAGUUUCUUUAUUCAGCCUAUCUCAGUUACAAACUGUUUCAUUGAAGAACAAUCGAAUAAACGGCACAUUAAACAUCGGCCCCACAUUUAGUUCCCAACUCCAACGGAUCGAUUUACAAAACAACUUCAUCGACGCAUUCACUCAACGAGCAGGAUCCACCGUUCAAAUCAUACUUAUAGGAAACCCGAUAUGCGAUGAAGGAGUGACGCAAAGUUACUGCUCGUUUCCCGACCAAUCGAAUUCCACUUACUCAACACCACCCGAAAACUGCACACCUAUUCCAUGCACGUCGGAAAAAGUAUCUAGCCCUACAUGCAAAUGUGCGUAUCCAUACUCGGGGAAUCUUUUUUUCCGAGCGCCUUCGUUUUCCGCGUUCGGAAACAAAACUGUUUUCGAGUCUCUUCAUUCGAAACUAAUGGAAACAUUUAAGUCCCACGGUCAACCCGUGGAGUCAACUUCUCUAAGCAAUCCAACGAAGAACAGCAACGAGUACUUAGUACUGAAUCUGCAAGUUUUCCCGGCUGGGAUAGAUUAUUUUAAUCGAACCGGGAUUUCGAGUAUCGGGUUUAUUCUAAGCAACCAAAGUUUCAAACCGCCGCAUACAUUCGGACCCUUUUAUUUCAAAGCCAACGAGUAUCCGUACUUUGCAGGACUCGAUAAAGGGUCCGGCAAGCCUUUGAGUACCGGUGUGAUUAUCGGAGCGGCAAUCGGUGGAUUUGUGCUGUUUUCGUUGCUACUAUUUGCCGGAGUGUAUGCUUUUCGACAGAAGAAAAGAGCUGAAACGGCUUCCAAAAAGAACGAUCCUUUCGCAUUAUGGGACCCUAAUACAGAUAGUGGUGGAGUUCCGCAGUUAAAAGGCGCGAGAAGUUUUUCGUUCGAAGAAAUCAAGAAAUGCACUAAUAACUUCUCGGAAUCGAAUGAAGUUGGAAGGGGUGGAUACGGAAAGGUAUACAGAGGGAAUCUUCCGAACGGGCAAAUGGUGGCCAUUAAAAGAGCAGUGCAAGGAUCGACGCAGGGCGGUUACGAGUUCAAAACGGAGAUCGAGCUUCUCUCUAGGGUUCAUCACAAAAACGUUGUUAGUUUAGUUGGAUUCUGCUUCGAUCAAGGCGAACAAAUGUUGGUCUACGAGUACAUCACUAAUGGCACGUUGAAAGAUGGUCUUACCGGGAGGAGUGGAAUAAGGUUAGAUUGGAUGAGACGGCUUCGAAUAGCGCUCGGUGCAGCGAGAGGGGUGCAAUAUCUGCAUGACUUAGCCAAUCCUCCGAUAAUUCACAGAGAUAUUAAAUCGAACAAUAUUUUGCUGGACGAACGGUUGAAUGCUAAAGUAGCAGAUUUCGGUCUUUCUAAGCCAAUGGGAGAACCCGAAAAGGGCUACGUUACCACUCAAGUUAAAGGCACAAUGGGAUAUUUGGAUCCCGAGUACUACAUGACAAACCAAUUGACAGAAAAGAGCGACGUAUACAGCUUCGGAGUUCUUCUAUUUGAAAUUCUAACCGCAAGAAGUCCAAUAGUUAACGGUAAGUACAUCGUUCGAGAAGUCAAAGAAGCAAUGGACAGAACCAAGGUUCUCUACAACCUCCACGACAUCCUCGACCCAAUAGUAGCCGCCAACUCAGCACCAGGCAGCGUCGAAAAGUUUGCUGAUUUGGCGCUGAGGUGUGUCCAAGAAUCGGGCGAUAGCAGGCCCACGAUGAAUGAGGUGGCGAAGGAGAUCGAAAACAUCAUGGAAUCGGCCGGUCUCAAUCCACACGCUGAGUCAGCAUCGACUUCGAACAGUUACGAAGGGAAAGGAAAAGAUCACGAACAUCCUUACAUUAAAGAGAGUCUCUUUGCAUAUAGUGGGAGUUUCUCUCCUUCAAGAUCAAAUGGUUGAGAAGAGAGCAUAUUUUGGAUCUAAGGGCUGAGAGAAGUGUACACUUUGUUGGUGAAAUUUUUGUUUGAGUGAAGGAUUUUGAUUUUGUUUUGUUUUUUGUAAAGAUUGAAUGUUUUUUGUUGGUAGUUAUUCUAUUAGUUUGCCUCU